CAGCAGAACCAACGGGCAACGAUGCUUCUAAUGGACGAGGUCAACCAGUACUCGGUGGUCUUCGUGGUGGUCCUGCUGGUGACUCGCAGCCUGGUGCAGCCAGCUGUCUUUGUUGCCGCCCUCUACCUGUUUCUGGCCCUGUUGCAGUUACCCCGGGUACCGGUGGUUCAAGCCCAGCGGGUGUUACACCCCACCAAGGUGUCGGUGGUGGCUCACCGCGGCGGCGGGCACGACGCCCCGGAGAACACGAUAGCCGCCAUCCGCCAGGCCAGUAAAAACGGGGCAACGGGUGUGGAGCUGGACGUGGAGUUUUCAGCAGACGGGGUCCCGAUACUCAUGCACGACAAGACCGUGGACCGGACCACCGACGGGUCAGGACCACUCAGCCAGAUGAGAUUCUCUGAACUGCGUCAACUGGACGCAGUCGCUAAACACCGACUCCGGGACAAAUUUGUGGGAGAGAGGAUUCCCACUCUGCAGGAGGCGGUGGAGGAGUGCAUCAGACUGCGCCUCACCAUCUACUUUGAUGUCAAAGGUCAACCAGACCAGGCCAUCGCAGCCUUCAGAGAGUUGUAUAGGAAGCAUCCAGUCCUCUACAACAGCAGCAUCAUCUGCUCGUUUGAGCCGAAGCUCCUCUACUGGAUGAGACAGAGUGACCCGCAUGUGGUCACGGCGCUGAUCCACAGGCCAUGGAGUCUGAGUCAGUGCGUGGAUGCCCAUUAUUUUGAUUCCCUGUGGAAAUACCGCUGGAUGACACUCGUCAUGGACGUCGUUUUGGACUGUGCACCCCAGUCUGUGGUGUGGAGGCUCUGCGGCAUCUCGGCCUUCCUCAUCCACAAGGACUUUGUCUCGCUGAACUUUGUGCAGCACUGGGCCGAGAGAGGGGUGGAGGUGGUGGUGUGGACAGUCAACACCAAUGUGGAGAAAAGCUUUUACCAGGAGGUGCUGCAAGUCAACUACAUCACGGACAGUCUCGUGGAGGACUGUAGCCCCACAGAGUGUUCUUAG